GAGCUUGGUGGGCAAUAAAAGCCGGGCACUCGCUGCUCGUGCUCUCUAGCAUGGCUGUGCCCCCCCUGGGGCACGGCAGGCACAGGAAGAAACCCUUCACCUACCUUAACCACCCCAUGAGCAAAGAGACUCAGCCGAGAUGGAGAGCAACGCGUCCUCCGGGAACUGCACCGACCCCCAGAUGUCCUUCCAGUCCACCCUGUACGCCACCACCUACACCCUCAUCUUCAUCCCCGGGCUCCUGGCCAACAGCGCUGCCCUGUGGGUCCUGUGCCGCUUCAUCAGCAGGAAGAGCAAAGCCAUCAUCUUCAUGAUCAACCUGGCCGUGGCCGACCUGGCCCACGUGCUCUCGCUGCCCCUACGGACGUAUUAUUACAUCAACCACACCUGGCCCUUCGGGAGCUUCCUCUGCCAGGUGUGCUUCUACCUGAAGUACCUCAACAUGUACGCCAGCAUCUGCUUCCUCACCUGCAUCAGCAUCCAGCGCUACCUGUUCCUGCUGCACCCCUUCAGGGCCAAGGGCUGGAAGCGGCGCUACGACGUGGCCACCAGCGCCCUGGUCUGGCUGUUCGUGGGGGCCGCGUGCCUGCCCCUCAUCAUCGUGAGGAGCCCGGCCCUGUCCAGCAACAUCAACACCUGCUUCUCGGACCUGGGGGUGAAGCAGCUCAGCCCCGGCGCCUCCAUCGCGCUGGUGACGGUGGCGGAGCUGUUCGGGUUCGUCAUUCCCUUCGGGAUCAUCGCGGGCUGCACGUGGAAGAUGUGGCAGUCGCUGCGGGAAGGCCCCGCGCAGCUGCAGAACGCGGGCGAGAAGCAGAAGGCCCUGAGGAUGGUGCUGAUGUGCUCGGCCGUGUUCUUCAUCUGCUUCACCCCCUACCACAUCAACUUCCCCUUCUUCAUGAUGGUCAUCGAGAACCUCAUCCGGGACUGCGCCGUGCACCGGAGCACGCUGCGCUUCCACCCCAUCUCCCUGUGCCUGGCCAGCCUCAACUGCUGCCUGGACCCCGUCCUCUACUACUUCAUGACCUCCGAGUUCCAGGACCAGCUGCUGCGCCACGGCUGCGUCGCCCUGCGGGCCCGGCUCGCCCAGCGCCGGAGCAGCCUCUCCACCGCCGACACCGACAUCCGCACCAGGAACAGGAACUUCCCACGCUUCAGGUUUUGGUCUCUCCCCAAGUUCUUUGGCCGAAUAAACAGCGUGGAAAUGCCCCCUGUGCCGCCUGAUGAGCUGCUGCUGGAGUCCAUCUCCUGAGCAUCGGCAGCUCUGCCCGGGCAGGGGCUUCUCGUCGCUCGAGGACUGCAUUAGGUCUCCAAACACAUCUUGAAUUCCCCUUGUCUGCCACAGAUGGCAGGAUCUGACCCACCAGGAUGUUGUGAUGCCAAAAGACUUGCUGGUUGUGUUGUUGCUGCUGGGGGCUGUCGCCUGACACCACUUUCCAUUGGAAUACUGUCAAAAUCCCUCCAAAAGCUGUCAGCAGUGCCAGAGCUCCUUGUGCUGAACCACAGCAGGUUCAGACCCCUCUCAUUUUGGUGUUUCAGUGCUUCUACAUAUUUGCCACAUUUGAAAAUCCUUCUGAAUUCUGAGUUGUGAGCUAGCUCCAGGAGUUCCAGCUCUGAACAUGGGCACCUACAGCCCAUAGUAACUUAGAGCAUGCACCACACUCACAGGAGGCUCUGGGUCAGGACAGUUCAGUAUCUCCACAUAAACUGAACCUCUUUCCACUACAAAAAUCCACCACCCAGACCUGAUCCAGGCUCAUCUGGACUGCAAGACUAUAACUCUACGGACAUACACCAAGCAAAGAUCAUUAACCUACAGCCCACCAGUGUUAAAGGGAGUGUGCAAACAAACUGGGCUCAGCUCACACUACUGGGAAAGGCACCCAGAGCUCAGCAAGAGGAUCCACACCUGGCUCCUGGGAGCUGCAGGGUGCUCAGCUGAU